CCCGAAAAGAUUGGGGGUUUUUUUUUCUGGCUCGACUCCGCGACAUGUGGUUCAAAUGGUUUGGAGAACACUUUGACCGCCCUCUUCAGCCUAAUGUAGGCCAUGUUUGCUCCAUCAGAAACGGACAGGAUCUAUCCGUCAACUACGGUGAUGUACUUGGCUCCCUGUAGUCUGGCGAGUAUGUCCGUCUGCGUCGUCAAAGGAUACGCAUCCUUGAUAGCACAGAAGUUGGUUUCUCGCAUGUCUGACACGGGUCGUCCUUUCCAUUCGAUCGCACCUAAGCUUACAGUUUGCCUUCUUUCGUGUACACCUUUUUCCAGACUACGAAAACAGGGACGGGGAGAGGCGCAGGCAGGCGCAGGCAGGCGCAUACAGUCAUUGAGCCGAGACCAAGUACAACAAAUGCAACUCAAACACCCUCCAUCAAUCCGGCAGUUGAAAAGCUUUCAAAGCCGCACCUUCUGCGGUGUGUGCGCACAAUCUAUCCAAAGUAGUGGAUCUAUCUGAGUUGGACAUCUCUUCUUCCUUGGAGGUUACUUGGACUUUGGGGUAUAUACUGCGCGAAGAACGCAAACAGGCCAGAGGUUUCUCCGCGAAUCGAUCGCGUGUUGUAAGAAGGUACGAGAUAAGCAGACUCGGAUAUAACAUUCGCGCUACUGUCUAGCCAAUUUGAACGUAUCUAGGAUUCAAAGAUUGCUGAAUGCCAUCAAUUUGACCUUUUGACAGGUUUAUCGUCUGUGUUUCAGAGCCAACGUGAGAGAGACUGCGCGUGGAUGGUCAGGCAUUGCAAUGAGAAAUGAAUGU